UUAUUGGCAUGUAGUGAAAUGAAAGUGCACAUUGAACUUGGAGCUAAAUAUAGUGAAAAUGUCGCAGGAGCUGGUGUAUGACUGUAUAGUGAUUGGGGCUGGAGUGCAGGGCUCGUUCACGGCCUAUCAUUUGGCUAAGAAGAACAAGAAGACCCUGCUGCUGGAGCAGUUUGUGCUGCCCCACACCCGAGGCAGCUCCCAUGGCCAGACCCGAAUCAUCCGCAAGGCCUAUGACCAGGACUACUAUGCCAUCAUGUUGGAAGAGUGCUACAAACUCUGGGCUCAGCUGGAGAAGGAGGCAGGUGUCAGACUCUACAGACAAACAGGACUCCUGGUGAUGGGACCAGAGGGCAGUCAGUACUAUGAGAUGGUGAAGGCCACCCUACAAAGGAACAAGGUUCCCAUGGUGGCCCUGACCAGGGACAACUUCAACCAGCACAUCCCCCAUGUCAAGCUGGGUGAGGGCCAUGGAGCGGUGGUGGAAGUCCCUGCUGGAAUUCUGUAUGCCGACCGAGCAUUAAAGACCGCACAGGGGCAGUUUCAGAAGUUGGGUGGGGUAAUAAGAGAUAAAGAGAUGGUGACAGACAUCAAACCUGGUCCUGUGGUAACCGUGGUAACCUCUUCAGGAGUGUAUAAAGCCAUGAGUUUGGUGAUCACUGCUGGACCUUGGGCUAACAGACUGCUGGCUUACACCGGCUUGGAGCUUCCACUAGAGGUAGCAAAGAUCAACGUGUGCUAUUGGAAGGAAAAAGUUCCUGGCUCAUACGACAUCAAGAAGAGAUUUCCCUGCUUCAUUCAGACUGAGAGUGAGGAGUCUAAAGAGCACAUCUACGGUCUCCCUUCAAACGAGUACCCGGGCAUGGUGAAGAUCUGCUACCAUAUGGGCAGUGAAGCUGACCCAGACAACAGAGACCAGCAGACAGACAGGUCUGACAUUGACAUCCUGCAGCACUACGUCGCUCGUUGUUUGCCCGGCCUGGAGCCUAAACCUGCCGUGGUGGAGAGCUGCCUGUACACACUAACACCUGAUCGGCACUUUGUGCUGGACCAACAUCCUGCUUACAGCAACAUCGUUAUUGGAGCAGGAUUCUCAGGUCACGGCUUCAAGUUUGGACCAAUUAUUGGCAAACUCCUGAGUGAACUCAGCCAGGGAGAGGUGCCCUCGUAUGACCUUACACCUUUCAGGAUCAGGCGCUUCCAUGGAAACACUAAAUCAGCUUUAUAGAUCCAGGACAUGAAUGCUGCGGCAUCUGAAGAUCUUCAAAAGUCUUAAAUCUGAUACUAGUAUGAUUUGUCAUUGUAAUUCAAACCUUGUUUUUUCUGCUUCAUUCGAUGUUUUCUCAGUGAACUUACCAAAUCUUUCAUUGUGCUGACAUGGAACAAACUUUAUCCACUACUUGUGUAAUUACAGUAAAAACUUUAAUUUUCAGCUCUUUUAAGUGUAGGGUUUUUAAGAUGGUCAGUUGUUUUACUUUGAUAUGAUUCAAGAGAAUAUCAAGCAAUGUACGCUUUUUGAACAUCAAAGACACAAAAAAAACAUCUUGGGCUGCUGAUAUUUGGUAUUUCUUGUGUUUCAUUGUCAAAAAUUGCAGACUAUCUCCUAUUCACUGCUGAAAUCAUAUGUUUGACCAAGGUAUUUGUCCACAGAUUUUAUAGUGCUCUCUUACUGUCGCUCGUGACAGCUUUUGGUUAAACUUCUGACUGCAGAGAUACUUUUUAAGCUGUUUUUUUUUGUACAAUAAUAAAAUAACAUGAAAAUGGAUAUUGUAAUAUAUUAAAAAAUAAUGAAGUACUUCAAAGCUUGACAACCUUCUUCCACUGUUCGAUUAAUUUUGAUGAGGUCAGCCAUUUCUUCUCCCACACAUUUCUCCUUAUAGUACAAAUUCUGAAUGUAAUUGAUGUCAAAUCUAUGAAUGUUUAACCUUUAAUUGGUAUGUGUGCAAAUAUAAUUAUUUUUAAAUGAAGUCUUAAAAUGUCUUAAGUACAAUAGUUUUAUAUUAUGUUUGAUAUGAAGAUACUUAUUAAAAAUA